AAAAGCAGUUCUCGAUGGGAGGAGGUGAAAGAGAGUUGAAGUGAAGAUGGCGAGAGGCUCCCGGUGUUUGAGGAGAGCAGUAGCGGAGUGUAUCAGACAUUUACCGUCCACAGCCAGUCGAGAGACACCGGGCAGGAAUGGAGUGAGAUAUCUGUCGUCUUGUGGGAUUCUGAUGACCAGGGUACCAUCCCUCUUCAGGGCGGUAACAGGACGUAUUGUCGUUGCUCCAACCAGGAGCUUCUUCAACCUCUCGGAGUCCUUCAACAAGAGGAAAGAGUAUUCUGAACGACGUAUUAUUGGGUACUCCAUGCAGGAGAUGUACGAGGUUGUGGCCAGAGUAGAAGAUUAUCUGCUAUUCGUGCCCUGGUGCAAACGCUCAGAUGUUAUAUUUCGCCGCUCUGGAUUUUGUAAGGCCAAGCUGAGUGUGGGGUUCCCGCCUGUGGUAGAAAACUACACAUCACUCGUUACUACAGUUCGCCCUCAUUUGGUCAAGGCAUCUUGCUCUGAUGGAAAACUUUUCAAUCACUUGGAGACAGUGUGGCGCUUCAGCCCUGGCCUUCCUGGAUACCCCCGUACCUGCACCCUUGACUUUGCUAUUUCCUUUGAGUUCCGUUCUCUCCUGCAUUCUCAGUUGGCCACCGUUUUCUUCGAUGAGGUGGUGAAGCAGAUGGUGUCAGCCUUCGAGCGGCGGGCAUGCAAGCUGUACGGCCAGGAGACACAGAUCCCACGCGAGCUUAUGUUCCAUGAGAUCCACCACACGUAGUUCAUUCCACACCUUCAGAAUGGGGGGAUUGGGGGGUCCAUGGGACUGGGAGUUUUAUUGAAAGCAUUCAUUUAGAGUGUUAUAAGGACAUUGGAGAGAAGCGGGAACUCUGUGUGCCUGAAUAACGUCAGUGCCUGGUCCAAACAAAACAGUUCAUUUUAACACUUUAAGCUGGAAAAGCAUGAUGUGGCUGGAUCUUUUCUUUGGGGUUUGAUUGGACCCCCGUUGAGUCCUGCCACAGUACCUCCAUGUUAAUGUAUUAGGAUCCGCUCUCCGUAUGGAAUGGCACCUGGAGCCAUAUUUUUAUUACAAAGACAUUUUAGGUGGUUUUAAAAACAGCUGCCUAAAACCAUUAUAGCUUCAUGAAUGGCACAAUAGUCAAAGUUCAUGGCUUUUGUUGAAAGGAUGAUAUUUGAGACAAUUGAAAGUGUAUUAGGACUUCAGUGUCCAGAAAGGUUGUCAUGUUACACGGUUUGUGUUACCGUGAUAUGAAUGGUAAAUGAUGUAUUUAUUAAAAAGCUUAUUGAUGAUCCUUUGAGUUCAAGAAAGGGAUGAAGAGACACUUAAAUGCUUGUGUCAUAUGCAGGAGACUGUUGCUGCACUGUUGCAGCCAAAUACAAAAAAGUGCUAUCAGGGGUAUUAAGGCUGCACACAGGACUCUGGUCCGUUGUAUUCUUGCAUACUAGCACAAAAAAGGGCUCAAAACAAAUGUUAAAAAGCUGUAAAAAGAACAUGUCCCUCAUGUUGGGCAAACUUGUGCAUGAUUGCCUAACGAGAGACAGAGAAGUUUGUACAAUUUAGUUUUGAUUUAGUAUAGAUGGGAGUGCACAAGUGAAAUCUUAUUUGACUUUGGUGUCCUGAUCAACGACUACUUUUCUCUGCUUGAGGUGUGCAAUAUAUUUGUUUUUAACAGAGUGCUCACCAAUCUACGAUAUCCACUGCUUUUAAAAGGGCCCAAACUCUGGGAAUGGAGGGAGUACUAACCUUUUUCCAGAGCUCUCAUCUGAUUGUAGUGAGGUAUUCAUCAAAACAGACCUUUAAAGAUUCCAGUCCAGCUCCCUUGUGCUUACUGCCUUUUUACUGAGAACGUUACAUAUUUAUCAUUAUCUUUAGAACAUCCUGUAUUUAUUUUGGUUAUGGGUAAACCAUGUGUACAUAUCUGAUGUAAGACCACAGACUAAACUAUAGUGCACAAUUGAGCUAUAUAUAUAAUUUUAUUUUAUUUUUCUCGUUGGGAUUUUAUUUUUCUUGUUUUGUUUUAAUAAUGUUUUUAUGAGUGUGUAGUGGGUGAAUGUAUAUUCUUCCUGCAUGGUUUAUAAACAUUUUUUUUUAUGUAAAACCUAGCCUUGUGUCUGGUGUGUUUCUUAUGAAGUGUUUUGUUUGUCAACAUCUGGUUCGGACUGGUCUCAAACUUAAAAUAGGUUGAUCAUGUGAUUGUAAGGGAUAAAAUUAGAAGAAACCCAUGUUGUAGUGGCUCUCGGUGACUGCUCUAGGGUCUUAUUACAAACUCUUUUGGAUGUUCAUAAUGGAAAACUGAUGUAUUGCUUACAAUUCAGUACAAUACACACUGCAUGCUGCCUAAUAUUUUAAACGUUUAAUAUGUAAGAUUGACAACAAGCGUUUGAAAUAGAUACUGCAGUCCAAAUUCAAAUAUUGGAGAGUUGUUUGCCUUGCCCCAGACAUGAAGCUCAUGGGGGUUGCUAGAAUGAGGACCUGCAACUGGAACAAGCGAAACUGAAAAUAUUUAUCCUUGUUUUACGACGAUGGUGGUUUUGAUAUGGAUGGCGAGGCUUUUUAGGUCGGGUGGAAUCUGUUCUCUCUGUUCCAGUUCGUUUGCUGCAGGACGCAGUUUUGUUUGCCUACAAACUUGUUCAAAUCUGGCAACCUGGUGGUGUCGAAAUACUAUUGGUCAGUGGAAGUGUGCGGGAUCAUACAGGCCAAAACAUAAACAGAAAUUCCGGCCCUGAAUGGAAACUUCAAAAUAGAACAUACUGGCUGUAGCAUUAUUAUCGGAGAAGCCAGUAUUUCAUCUUGGCAUGUUUUAUUUCUUCAUUCCGUUGCAUCAGUGCAUGUUUAAUUCAGCGAGUGCUGCAUAAUAGACUCAUUUUGUCUCAACCAGCUCUGUUACAUCCGGCACAGGAGAGGAUGAAGUUUCAUGCUCUUAUGUUUACAGGAGCUUCCCCAGAAUCGUAUUACUGUUAACGAUGUUAAUAGCAUCGUGAGGCAGUCACCUUAAGCUGUCGGAGUUCAUGAUAAACCAUGGUUUACAGGAAAACUCGGACAGCUUUGUCAUGCCAAAAAGGAUGCUUGCAGGGGUGGGGAUAAAGUCUUGUAUAAUCAGGCCAGGAACAAAAGAAGUUACUCUGAGAAGCUGAAAAACAAGUUUUCAGCUAACGACCCUGCAUCAGUGUGGAGUGGCCUAAAACAACUUACCAAUUACAGGACUCCUACCCCCAACCCUGUGGUGGACCAACGACUGGCUGACAACCUGAAUGUGUUCUACUGCAGAUUUGAACACCCCACAUGCACUCAGACUUCACUUCACACAAACAUUAACACCUCCUGUAACCCCCCUCCUCCCCCUUCCUGUUACUCAACCUGCACUCAAGAUCUGUGAAGACGAUGUGUGCCGUGUCUUUCGGAAGCAAAGGUCAAGGAAGGCUUCAAGCCCAGAUGGUGUCUCACCACCGUGCCUUCGAUCCUGUGCUAACCAACUGGCCCCCAUCUACACACAGAUCACUGGAGCAGUGUAAAGUCCUGUGCUGCUUCAAACGCUCAAUUAUUAUACUUGUCCCUAAGAAACCAAAAAUCGCAGGACUUAAUGACUCUGUGGGGUUCACCCUGACGUCUGUGGUCAUGAAGUCAUUUGAGAGACUGGUGUUGGCCCACCUGAAGGACAUCACUGGACCCUUUCUGGAUCCCCUUCAAUUUGCUUAAGCAAACAGGUCUGUGGAUGAUGCAGUCAACAUGGGAUUGCAUCAUGUCCUGCAACAUCUGGACAGACCGGGGACAUACGCAAGGAUCCUUUUUUGUGGACUUCAGCUCGGCUUUCAACACCAUCGUCCCAGCUAUUCUCCGGACUAAGUUAAACCAACUCCUUGUUCCCAUGUCUAUCUGUCAGUGGAUUACCAGCUUUCUGACGGACAGGCAGCAGCUUGUGAGACAGGGAAAAUUAACUUCCUGUACCAUCAGCACUGGUACCCCAGGGAUGUAUGCUCUCCCCACUACUCUUCUCCCUCUACACCAAUGACUGCACCACCAAGGAUCCCUCUGUCAAGCUCCUGAAGAUUACACCACUGUCAUCAGCCUCAUCCAAUAUGACAAUGAGUCUGCAUACAGAAAGGAGGUUGAACGGAAGGCUCACUGGUGCAAGCACAACAACCUGGAUCUGAACACGCUCAAACCGGUGGAGAUGAUUGUGGACUAGGAGGAACACCCCAACAUUGUCCCCCUUCACCAUUCUAAACAGCACCAUGGCAGCAGUGGAGUCAUUCAAGUUCCUGGGCAGUACCAUCUCACAGGACCUGAAGUGGGAGACACAUUGACUCCAUUGUGGAAAAAGGCCCAUCAGAGGUUGUACUUCCUCCGCCAGCUGAGGAAGUUCCACCUGCCACAGGCGCUGUAGAUGCAGUUCUGCUCAGCAGAGUCCGUCCUCUGCACUUCAAUAACUGUCUGGUUUGGUGCCGCUACGAAAUCGGACAUCAGAAGACUACAGAGGACACUUUGGACCCCCCUUCAAGAACUAUACACUUCCAGAGUGAGGAAAAAGGCUGUAAAAAUCACUCUGGAUCCCACUCACCCAGCCCAUUACCUUUUUGAACUGUUGCCUUCUGGUUGAUGCUUCAGAGCUCUGAGCACCAGAACCGUCAGGCACAGGAACAGUUUUUUAUUUUCCCCCUCAGGCGAUCCAUCUCCUGAACAGUUAAAAUUGCCCCAUUGAGCAAUAAUUAUGUGCAAUACACAGUUGAAUCUAUUUAUAUUAUCCAACAUAUCCACUUCGGCCAUAACAUACAUUGCACUAUACAUAAUAAACUGUAUUUUUGUUCGUUAUAUAAUGGAUUUGUAUUAGAUGUGCACUAUGUGUGGGUAUGUAUAUGUAUAAUUAAUUUUUUUUAUUUUAUUUAUUUAUUUUUUUUAAAUCUAUUUCUUGCUGCUGUUUUUGUAUUGUUGUACACUGGAAGCCAAGACAAAUUCCUUGUUUGUGUAAGCAUACUUGACAAUAUUCUGAUUCCGAUACAAAUACAAGUGGUUGGAAUUUGAUGGUUAAACACCUUUACACAACUGAAAAAAGGUAUCUAAAUAUAUAUUUUUAAAUACUCUACAACGAUAUCUGAAAUCUACUCAAAUGGAACUUUAUUUAGCACAAAUAACUUCUUGAAUUUGUAACCGACAAGACAUCAUAAAUGAAAAAACAUCCACGUUUUUAUGCUAGUGUAAUAUAUUAAAUUGGCUGGUACUCUGUGGUGACGUUAAAUUAAUUUUUAUGUUCAUAGACCAGUGCUUCCCAACACUACGUUGUCUCUUUAAUCAAGCACACCUGAUUAGUCUCGUCAGCUAGUUAGUAGAACGAAUGUGUAGAAAUCACGAGAAUAAUUUUUGUAAGUGGCUCGCGAAAGACAGGUUGGUUUCCAUCUUUUUGCGGGGUAUUAAUGUAAAACCGUAUAACAAAUGGUUAUAAUAUAGUGAAUGUAUACAAGUAGGACAAAAAUUGGAUAUGCGUCUGUCAAUGUCAAAUGUAUUUGUAUUGUGCUUUUCACAGUAUACAUUGUUUCAAAGCAGCUUUACAGAACUGUUUCCAUUUCCAUUUUUUGAUAUAUGGCUAAUUGAUAUUGGCACUAAUACAUUUUAUUCAUAUUUUCAGAGUAAAAUAUUAGAAAGGACUGAAUAGAUGUUUGCAAUGUUUUAAGACUAACAGAUAUUAAUUGUGACAUGAGAUUACAAUUAAUAGUAAACAAGUGGGACAACAACAAAAAAAUGUAAUACGUGUCAAAGGUUUGUGCAUUAAGCCUAGCAGUUAAAAUAUAUGUAGAAUUGUUAUUAUGAUUAGCAGAGUUCCUAACAGCACCUAUAGGCUUACUCUGCAUGUCAUUUAACACUGAGUUAUGUUAAAGGUGCACUAACUACUUUUUUAACCUUUUAGCUGUCACAUGUAGUUCUCCCCCACACUUCUGAAUCAUUUGUUGAAACUAGAGCAGAACAAAUAGAACUUGUUAAAGAAAGGGCAAGUGAAGAUAUAGUGAAAUACCAGAAAAAGCAACAGGAGGCCUAUAUAAAACGCUUGCAAAAAAAAUAAAAUACAAUACAAGAACAUCACUUUCAAUGUUGGUGACAAGGUUUUACUCUUUAAUGUGCGAAAAAAGGACUGAAGAGGGGUGGACUCCAUUUCCACUAUCACAGGGAAGACGGUUGUACUAAAAAAUCAGGAAGGACUUCUUUUGAAAACCACAUACAAUAUAAACCUUCUAAAACCAUACAAGGAAGGACACAAAAAAAAGGGACACAAAAGAACCGUCAGCUGAACACGGCAAGCAGUGCAAGGACAACUUGAGUUGCAUGUUGACCAGGUUAGACUGGAUGACAAGUACUGUAAUUUGGAAAGGUCUCAGUCACAUUCAGUGAAAGGGAAAACCGUAGAGUUGGAAGUUGACCAGGUGACACUGGAAGAUAAGUCCAAAACAGUGGAAUGGGAGGGAGGUCAACCUUUUAAGUAAGAAAUGGAAAGAGAGAGGAAAAGAAAAAGACAACAGGACAAAAGACAAAUGUUUCGGAUUCUGAAGUUGUCAGCGAAGGUGAUCAUGAUUGUAGAUCCACAAGGCAAAGAAGAUGCUUACAAAAGGAAGAUACAUAGAAACUAGAGGUCAUUGCUAACAUUUAAAAAAAUGAUUUAAAACGUACUACUUUUGAUCAAUUUAAGAGUACACCAAAUAAUUUCAUGGUUGUUUUACUGGCCAGUGCAGUGAAAAAAUUACUUCGCACACCUUUAAGAAAACAAAUCACUGUCACUAAUGUAUUAAUCAUGGCUGACAGCGAAUAGAGCAGUACUACAGUGACACUGAUAACCAACCAAAACUCUUUUUGUGUGAUGCUCCACCCACACUUUGUAAGGGAUAAUGUACAGGCCCGUCAAGGUUAAUUAUGUGAAAACAACCUGCUGUCUGUGCAUAAUCCUGCUUAUUACACAGCUACUAACCAAAUAAAUGAAUACUUGGACAUAAAGUAUUGAUUUGCAUUGAAAUUAUGUAAUUAUGUUAGAAGAAAUAAAUCACUGAACAGCUUAAAGUAUAUCCGCCUCAGGUUCAUGUCAGAGUUCUGUUUGUGUUUUUUCUGUAAAAAUGGUCAUCUGACCCUUAAUUAUUACACGUUUUACAAGACUACUUGCAAAUAAACAAAAUACAUGUUCAUGAAACAUUGAUGUGCGUUGAAAUUAUGUGAGAACAAA